AUGAGUGGCACAGGACUCGGAUGGCCCGCUUUAGUGCCACCAUACCGCAACCGCCUUGAAGAGUGGUUUAGCACGCCUGAGAAAUUGCAUGCCUCAUUCGACACGAGGGAAGAGCUUGUAUCAUUGCUUAGGGCUUGCGAUAACACGCUUCUUGAAAGUAGCCUGCAGUUGAUUGCGGAUGCACUUCUUGAAUGGCAUGCAGACAAUGCUCGCACAGUUGCGAGUGGGCGCAGGGAAUCAAGGAGGCGCUUGACAGAGUGCUUGCCCAGUGUCCCGGGAACUGGCCUUAGCUUGCAUGAGCAUUACAAUCAGAUUGCACUUCAGAGUCCACUUGCGUUGCUUCCGGUUCUUCGCAAGCGGAAGUUAGCUACUGAUAGGGUCGUGGAUCGCGGUGCCAGGGCCACUGAGGAGAUACGGCUUCGGCAGGAGUAUGCAUUGCGUCUUGCAGCCAUCAUGCAGGAGGCGCAACUGCCGGUGUGCAAGGUGCUUGCAGGGGUCAGCAAUGCCGAGGAAGCCUGGCCACGGCUGUUCGGGACCCGUCGAUCCAAGACAUUGAGAAAUCGCUUUAGAGCUUGGGACAAGUUUCGGGAAUGGUUGCUUUAUAGCCGUGGCAGGAGCUAUCCGGAAGGGGUAGCUGAUGUGCUAGAUUAUGCCAAUGAACGAUUCCAGGAAGGAUGUGGAAAGACAGUUCUCGAAAGCCUGCAAGCCUCUCUCAGUGUAAUUGAAGGUGUAGGGCGCGUGCCGUCUACGCAGCAGAUAUCUCAGGAUCCCACAUGGCAGGCGCAGCUCAAAAGUUACACAGCCGAUUUGGUUUCGGCGGCACCGCCGGAGCAGCCAGCCAGCAUGCUCACUGUUGCUAUCGUUCUUGCAUGUGAGAUCUUCGUUUGCACGCCCGGGGAGCCUAGUUACUUGAGAGCAUUGGGCUUUGUCUGCUUAUUGAUGGUUUGGGGAUCGCUUCGGGCUGAUGAUGUUCAGGGGCUCUUGCCGCAGACCAUGCUUCUGGACGAGCGAGGGCUUAGCAUUGAUCUCGCGCGGUCCAAGACUACAGGGCCCGACAAAAGGACCCACACCGUCAAGGUCUUCGUGGAACGGAGUAUCUCUCUGACAGGGCAUGAUUGGCUGAAGGUCGGAUAUGCACUUUGGAAGGAUUUCGAUUUUGAGAGGGAUUAUCUGGUUUUGAAGGCCAAUGAAGGUUUCACGGAACCCCUGGAGAAGUCGGUGCCUUCCUCCACGGUGGCCCUUUACUUCCGCAAAGUUCUCAGUGAGUUGAAAACGCCCAAGCGUGAGGGGCGCACAUGGAAGGCCAAUGAUCAGCGUCCGCUGCUCCCGGGAUACACUUCCAGUCAUUUUACGGGACAUUCUGCGAGGAACUUCCUUAGCUCGGUCGGAGCGGCCAUCGAUGUCGACCCCAGGGAGCUUGAUUAUCUGGGUCGCUGGAAGGUAGGUGGCGAAGGUUCUGCAACCUACAUUCGCACUUCUAGGCAGGUUGUGCAUCGUCUCCAGAGUCACAUUGCUUGUUCCCUUGUCACCGGACAGCCAAAGCACUACAUCGAGGUGGAUUCCAUCAAGGCUUUGACGGACUAUGCAGCUAAGGCGGGGGAGAGCGAGUCUCAGGUUCGUCGCCGUCACACCCUCCUCGAGGGAUCCAAAGGCUUGGGCGGGUCGUGGCCAACUCUGGCAUUGGAAGUGGGUGUUGCGGCACCACCUUCUCCAGUCGAGCAGGUUUCGAUGCCAGGCAGCCGGGGGGAUUACUUCAUCGUUACCUCUCGCACCACAGGCCUGAGGCGUCUGCACAUGUUGGGCUGCUAUGUCAAGCCUGAGAAUUGUUAUGAUGUGAAAUUUGUCAGUCAUGUCGGCGCGGAGGACGUCGAUAACAUUUGCAAAGAUUGCAAAGCAAGAAUGAAGGCUCAGGCCGGAGAGGAGGAAUCAGACCCCUCCAGCAGUGACAGUGGGAGGAAGUCUCACUCGGCGCAGGCCGUGAGGUGCCGGCGGAUUCCGCAUCCUGUCACAGGCCUCAGGGCGACGGGUGGACACAUCGCAGUGCAGCUAAAGGCCUCAGGGCGGCUAGCAAUCCAAGUCCUACAGGGCCACAGGCGAUUCCAGGCAAUCGCCGAUUCCCGGCCGGAAGCUCGGGCUGCUGGGAAGGCGGACUUUGGUCUUGAUGAUGGGGCUGCUGAUGGGCGACAACAAAUCGCGGGGGUCGUCGCUGCAUGGGAACUUGCACGCGACGUAAUCAGCAAAGAGACGGAAACACGAGCAGAGGCGAAAGUGUUAGGCCAGCCGCGAAUCUUGCAAGUCACAGAGAGGCAAGCAAUGCUCAAGGCGGUAGCGGCCGUUCACGGGCAGCUGGGAGAGUCGGAGACUCCAUCGUCUGAGUACCUCGCUCUCAAGUGCGAGGAGUGCGAAGCCAAUGAGCCUCAGGCUUCAACCUUGGAUGCCAUAACUUCGAAGAAGAACACGCUCACCACGAGCAUCCAGUCCAGCCUUGAUCUUAAGCUGUCUGACUUCGACCACUUCGUGAACUACAUCCUUGGCGAAAAGGUCGCUCAGCUCUCAGUGCCUACGUCUCAUCAGCCAGCCGAUGAGACCUACUUCACGACGCCGCUCGCCUUGUCCAUCAUUGAGCGACCACGCAAGUGGCACAAAGGCAAGGGCAAGGGUGAUGUGGGCUCUUACCUUCAGUCAUUGGGCAAUGUCACUAAUCUUCUUCAGUUCGAUCUUCAGCGCUCCACGGAGCAUGACUUGACUAAGGAAGGCUUGUGGCAGCACAUCUUUCAAUUGCUUGGCGAAGGGGAUUGGAUCCUCAUUGAUCUCGGCGCAACGCCGGAUCACGAGUUACCGGCUUCCAUCUGGCAGCUACCAGCUCUGCGUGAGCUCCAGGUUUCCACUCAGGCCAUCACUUUUGCUUUCUUUCAAUGCAGCUUUGAGGCUCCCACUUCCAAACCCACACGCCUUCUCACUAAUCUACGGGCCUUUGUCGAGCAGCCUCCGCCUUUUGCUUCAUGGCCACGCUUCGACUCCAGUGAUCGCUACGUGGGGCCGUUGCCGCCACGCUGCCCGCACGGGAAACAUGACAAAGUACUUGCAGGCCGAGAAGGCUCCCGCUGGGCGACCGAGUCAUCAGCAGCCUAUCCUCCUCUGUUGUGUGAGUGGCUUGCGCAUGCUGUGCUUGCUUCCGCUUCGCAGGGGGGACUUGGGUCAGCGCCGCACAGCUCCGUUCCAGGUGAGGCAGGUCCAAUGCAGGAAUCCCACGAGGCAACGCAGGAGGUGCAUCAGGAUUUAUGUGAAGUGCCGCAGGGGCUGCACCAGGUGGUUUCCGAUAGGGUAGAGGCGGUUACUGAUAGGGUAGAGGCGGUUGGCUUGAUCGAGUCGGAAGCACCUCCUUCCACUUUGUUGCCGUCGCCAGACUCUUCGGGGUCCGCGUGCAAAGGCUUCCCGGCUUCCACAGAAGCUUUGGCAUCCUUCGUGCGUAGCAACAUGCCCGGGCACCCCUUUACCACGAUUAGCCUUUACCUUAACACUGGCACCAAGCCCCACAAAGACUCCAGGAACGCACCUUUGCCCAAUGGGAUAAUAGGGGUUACUGACUUCGUAGGAGGAGAGAUCUGGGUCGAGGCCCAGGAUGGGGAGUCUGUUCAGAUUGUUGACGGUAAGCGCUUAAGUGGUCACCUUCUUCCGAUCAGUGAGACACCCACCUACAUACAUGCCUACCGCGAUCUUCACCUCACAAUGCCCUGGAAAGGUAAGAGAUUAGUCAUCAUAGCUUUCAGUGUAUCGGAGCAUACUCAGGCAUGCGAUGAGGAUCUCGCGUUUCUUCGCGGGCAUGGUUUCGUCCUUCCGGGCGAAGAGCACAGUGUUGAUCUUGAGGCGGUCCAGUCAGAUGAUUCGGAGGUGCUGGAGGGGGGUGAGGUCGAAAGGCCGGAGCCCUUCAAGCAUCAGGAGUGCCACAACAUCGGGCUGCCUUUGAACCUCGAGUGGGAUGGCAAAACUCAGCCGAUCACGGAUGGCUUUGGACUCUGCUCACCCACUAGAUGGCCUCCGGAAGCCAGGGGGGGCCUGCUGCCCAAGCAGGCUUUGGAGUUCGCCACUGCCAUGCAUCAAGUGCUUCGAGACUUUGUAGCGGACGUUGUGCCUGAUAUCAAGCGCACGGCGAUGGAGCUUGCGCUAGGCCGCCUUAAGGAAUCGCCUUUCACUCCCGAGAUGUUAGGGGUCCUUAGGAAGGAUUGGUUUAGUUGCAUAGAGGUUGCUUCGGGAGGCAAGUGUACGGAUCUUGAUGUGGUGCCGAGUGGCCAGCCAUUCUUCUUGCAUGCUGUGUCUGCGACGGCUCGGCUGUUGCAGGACCCAGAUUGGAAAGCCGUUUCUUGCCAGGAGGACUCCUAUGUCAGCGGGGUCGCGAUCGGUUAUGACUGCCCCGUCGCCGCAGCAAGAUCGGUCAAAAGAGAAGGCGUGGCCUUCCGCACUGAUGCAAAGUGCGCGGACGGGUACGUGGUCCUUGGGGGUUGGGAUUGCGCAGGCACAACUCAGGAGUCCAGAUGGUUCUCACUUCGACUUACUCCCUCAGAGGCCCCUUACCUCUUCGACUCAGAAGGUCACAGUCAGUGGGCUUCGGCAUCGGCUGAAUUGCUGGCCACGCUGGCUGCACUGCACAUCUUCGGUCACCUUGAAGCCGGGCCAACUAGGCGUUUGAUGAAGGUUGAGGUUCUAGCUCAGACGGAUAAUAAGUCUAACGAGGGCUUGACUCGCAAGGGUUCUACAACGCGCUGGCCCUUGCUCAUGGUUAACAUGCAGCUCACCCAUGUUCUCAUGAAGGCCGGCUUGCGGUUGAACUUGGGAUGGCGUCCACGGGACGAAAAUCAGGAGGCCGAUGAUUUAACCAACGAAAUCUUCGACCGUUUCUCUGAGGAGUUGCGGGUCCCAGUGCAGUACUCCGAAUUGCCGCUUUCCUUUCUUCACACUCUUUACGAAGCCAGGCGUGCACAGCUGAGCAGCCGUGAAGUGGAUUCCAUCCGCGACACGGUCGGUGGCAGGCCACGCUUCAGAGGCAAGAGAAAGAGAGAGAAGUCUCCUUGGUGA